AUGUUCCUACAGUCAUGGCUACGCCGUUCCUUCACCCGUAGUUUGUCCACCGCAGCUCGAGCCUCUAUAGUCCUACGACCUUACCAAGAGUCUUGCCUGACAGCUUGUCUUGCUGCUUUGGAAGCAGGUUCGACUCGGAUUGGAGUCUCCCUACCAACAGGGGCAGGAAAGACCACAGUCUUCGUUUCUCUCCUUUCCCGUUUAUCAUCCCAAACUAGUGGAUCUCGUGCAUUGAUCAUUGUCAACAGCAUUGAGCUGGCUCGUCAGGCGGCCUCGCAGGCAAAGAACCUCUUUCCUCACUGGAUUGUAGAGAUCGAGCAAGGAGCCAAACACCAAGCCUCCGGCCAUGCAGAUGUUACUGUCGCCACUUAUCAGACCCUCCUACAGCCAAAACGGCUAUCCAAGUUUCAGCCCGAGGGAAUGAAAGCAGUAAUUGUCGACGAAGCACACCACGCAGCCGCACCUUCCUACAGACGCAUUCUGGCCCAUUUCGACAACGAGAUCAAGAGCAAGAACACCAUCCCACUCAGCACCGUCUCUCAUUCUAUACCCAUCAUAGGAUUUUCCGCCACUUUCAGCCGUCAUGAUGGUCUCUCGCUUGGUUCAGUGUUCCAGCAGAUCGUAUAUCAUCGGGAUUUCAUUGAUAUGAUCCAAGAGAAAUGGCUCUGCAAUAUUCGUUUCACUUCGGUUCACGCCAAUGUUGACCUGACUAAUGUCACAGUCAACUCACGGACAGGAGAUUUCAACGCUUCAAGUCUUGCUGAUGUUAUCAAUACUAAAACAGUGAACGAGCUGAUCGUCCAAACUUGGAUGGAUCGUGCGAGCGAGAGGAAGUCAACACUUGUUUUCUGUGUAAACUUGUCACAUGUCGCAGAACUCACAAAGACUUUCAAAUCAUUUGAUGUCGAUGCACGCUUCCUGCAUUCGGGGACUCCAUCAACGGAAAGACAAGAAGUCAUCAAGGCUUUCAAGGCACAGGAAUUUCCCGUCCUCAUAAACUGCGCCAUCUUGACCGAAGGCGCUGAUAUACCCAACAUCGACUGCGUUGUUAUUGCGAGACCGACAAAAUCGCGCAAUGUCUUUACGCAAAUGGUAGGGCGAGGAAUGAGACAGUCCCCGAGUACUGGGAAGACUGAUUGUCGUAUCAUCGACUUCGUGGACUCUACUACUCGUGUCGCCGGAGUCAUCACGACUCCAUCCCUAUUUGGGCUCGAUCCUGCCGAGGUUUUUGAUGAUGAAACUGUGGACUCGUUGAAGGAGCGCGUCAGCAAGUCACCCUUACCGAUGAGCGCGGAUAGCGAAGCUAGGCUGGACUCCAACGAAUCAAUACCGGCGCCAAAGUCAGUCACAUACACUGAUUUUGAAGAUCCUUUGGCUCUGGUGGACCACUGCUCUGGAGCUCCGCACAUCAGCCGCCUGAGUAAUCAUGCUUGGGUAGGUUGUGGAGAGGAUGUUUACGUCUUGGAGUGUUUGGGACGGGGAACUAUCCGUAUCGAAAAAGUCAUUGAUAAAACAGAGGAUAAGGAGUACUUUCAAGCUAGUUUCGCAGAGGCUGUACUUGACCUUGCCGGGGCGAACGCUAAGAAGACAUCUCCCUUUCGACGCAGUCGUCAGAUUCUGAAGGCACAUACGCUACGUGAUGCACUCCGAGGCUGCGACACCUACGCUGGGCAAAGAGUUCUUAAGGGUCACAUGCUACUUGGGCUUAUGCGAAAUGCAAAAUGGAGAAAGAUGCCUGCUUCUGAGGCUCAGAAAGAAUUGGUGAUGAAGCGCUGGGCGAAACGGGACAUAGAUCCUGCAAGCAUUCCUGAAAGACUUGAGAAACUAACGAAAGGCGAGGCUGCGAACAUCAUUACAAGACUGAAACACGGUGCUCAGGUUGGGAUACAUCGAAAUAAAAUGUGUGUUUGA